GGAGAUGCUCCUCCCGGGGGCGGCUCUCCUCACCGCUUCACCCGGUUCUCCCGGCUCGCCGGCGUCCCCGUCUUGUGUCUCCUGCCCUGCAGGGCGCGAUGGGGUUCGUCCUCUCCAAGGCCAUGAGCGACAGCCUGAAAGGUCAGCAGGAGUUUAUGCGGCUCCAGCUGGAAAGGCAACUAGUACUGCAGAACCUAAUGAGAGAGAGACAAACAGCCAUGCAGAUUGCUUGGACACGAGAAUUUCUCAAAUACUUCGGGACAUUUUUUGGACUUGCUGCUGUUGUUUUAACAACUGGAGCAAUAAAAAGGAAGAACCCAGCAGUUUUACUGCAAAUACUUCCCUUAAGCUUUGUAUUUUCUUAUCAUUAUGAUGUGGGCUAUGGGACACUGUUGCAAAGGAUCAAAGAUGAAGCAGAGAACAUAAUUGAUACACAGAGCACUUUGCUAGAAUUGCCAAAAGGACCUCUCACAUUUGAAGAUUUGGAGAAGAUCAGAAUAUCUCAGAACAAUUUAUUCAGAGAAAAAUAGGAAGAUGGUAUUAAAGCUACAUAUCUGAAAUGUGAUUAUAAUACUGCAUUUCAACAUAAAUAAAUCAUUAAAAAUUUGAUAAGAUUAUGAGCUCUUAUAAAAUAAAAAAUUAAUUAUUUUUUUAAUAGUACUUUCAAAAGCAAUUUGUUUCAUAUUAUAUGUAUGUCUUAAAAAUAUUCCUUGUUCUGUAGUAUAUUUUCCUUGGUUAUAAUGAAAUACUGAAUUUGCAUUGUCUGUUCAGAGUCUGAAAAUAACUUUCACCUGCAAUAAAAAUGUCUGGUACUGACCUAACACAGUAUGGUAAUUGGCAGUUUUAAGUUUGUAUAAAUAUAUAUAAAUAAAUAGAUACCAAUUUCAAAUGUAUUUCAGGAUACACUGCUCAACUUGAAGUCAGGAGCAGGCAGGCAGUUUUUUCGAAAAAUAAGACGCUUUUUGUUUGCUGUUCUUUAGGCAGUGAAGUCACCAUCUCUGCUCCAAAUUCUGAUGGAAUAAACAGCUUUUAUCAGAAGUAGGUUCAGAAGUAAACACAUAACUUGCUAACUGUGUGUUUUACUCUUAGGGAAAACUGUGUUAAAGUAUGAGCAGAGAUAGUUUCUGAAAAAGAGGAACUAAAUUAUGUAGCUAUUUCCUGAGUCUUUUUCAUGCUUGUCCAACAUUCUGAAACUCAGGAUAAUUUGGUUUUUGAUAAUUGAAAUCAGAGUUUCACUACUAAGAUGAAUAUUAACUGUGGCCAACAGCAAGCAAAAUUAUUAAUGCAUGUUUUUAUAAUGAGUAGGCCUUGUAAGUACUGAAAAACUGUGGGAUUUUUUCCAUGCCUUUACUCUAGCAUGGUAGAUACUGAGAAUAUAGUUUUAGUGUACUUUAAUGUUCUGAUGCCACACUUGGAAAAAAAUUAAUCUUUCUGUAUUGGAAAUCUUGUUUAGAAACAGAUUAUUUUGUGUUCUGGAUGGAAAUUAUUCUAGCAUUAAUCUAAUUGUGGAAUGAAAAACAAAUGCUCAAAAAGCAUCCAAAAAUGAAUUAAGCUGAAGUCUGUACUAACAAUUUGUUGACUUAAAAAUUAAAUUCCAGCUGGAGAUAAUGCCCCAAACAUGAUUUUGAAGACAACUAAACUUAGAAUAUUGUUUCAGUAAGACAGGAAAAUAUAUAAUGAAACAAAAGCUUCUGAAUAUAGAAGAAAUUAAUAGCACCAUUUCCACAGUUUGACUUCUGAAAGUGCACUCACUUCUGUAUUCUGCACUCAGUCACUUCUGUAAUUGGUUCUGUCUUCUGCAGGUUGACAAUGCCUACUGUCUGUAACUGAUUUCAAAUGGGAUGUGUUUUAAUAGUCAGUGUAAUAAAAUGAACACAAGCACUCCACUUUCUUGGUCUGUUUUGAAUAACAGUGUGUUUGCUAUGCUUCCUCCAAGUUCUGAAAUCCACCUUCCUUUAAUUUUGAAGAAGUCUUGUAUGUUUUGAUAUCUGUCAUCUAUUGAUACUCUUCCUUCCAAAAACGAAAAACAACUGAACCAGCCUUUUGGGGUAUUUCUAUGUCUCCGUCUGUGCCUUUUUGCCCAUGUUUUACUCCCGUGAAAGAUGUUUUCAAGAGAUUGGUUUUAACAGACCAUACAACAGUUUUACUCAUAAAUCUUAGAAAUUUAGGAAAUACCCUAAUUGUAUCCACUGUGAAUUAGGAAUCAAUAGCUGAGUGCUCAUGACAGAUUCCUGGCUAUGGUGUUUGAUCAAAUGCCAGUGUUAAAGGCAGCAAAAUAAUGGUAACAGUUUUAGGGGAUAAUAAAGUAGCUAUAUAUUACUCUAUCCAAACUAAAUUUAUUUUUUUUCCCCCAAAGUUUGAAUUUAGAUCAAUAACAUUAAUCUACUGCAAGACUCCACACCAAAAUGUGACUUAAAUGGGGUAAGUUCAAUUCAGUAUAACACAGAAUCAGUAAAAUACACCAAAUUUAUUAAGGAAAAGGCUCUAAGCAAGAUGGUCUAACCCAGAUACCGAUUAAAGUGGGCUAUAUAGAACAUGCCAAAAAUCAUCAAGGAGUUAAGGGUUAUUCACCUUUAUUGCCCUUAUUUUCACUGUUUGCUUUACUUUUUUUUUUUUUUUUAAAGCAUGCUUUUGUUUUGAAGAGGCUCAUUCUUUGUUGCAGAGUUAGUUAUUCUACUGACAGUGUAUUAAUCAAAAUGGUUGCAUGUGCUGGGCACAGUCAUAAUUGAAUGGUGUAACUUCCUUCAGAGGACAACAAAAGAAAACAGGAGUUUGUCAGUGACAAGGUUUACAUUGGGGAAAUACGUGUUUACAGCACAUGUUGCCCAUAAUCGUGAUAUUUGUUAUAGAAAUAAAUAAAGCACCUAAAACUU